AUGCUGUCCGCCUGGAGGAUUAAAACUAUCACGCGGGCAAUCAUGCUAUGGUUGUGUCCUCCUUCCGCCUUGCAAUGGAUACGCGAAAGUUCUAACCAUAUGGCGGGCUGCGGUUUCGGUUUCGGUUUCGGUUUCAGAAUAAAUAGGAAUAUUGAAGAGAGAAAUUUGCGAAAUAGACGUGGGGGUUCUACGGGGAACAAAUCUGCUACCCUGACAAGAAGGUCUCCGCUUGUUUUGCGGGACUGGAAAUUAGUCGCAAAGAGACGCACGGUUGCUUUCCUCUUCACGCUAGUGUCGAAAAUAAGCAAUGAAGCUGGUUAUGACUCCCAAGCCUAUAAUGGGAAAAUCUAUGUGUCGAAAGCAUCAGGGGUGAAGCUUAUGGAGACAAUGGUCGAGUCCUCAUUUGGGAAUCAAUUAGCUCAACACUCAUCUUCUGGUAGAUUUGCGCUUUCGGAAAUGCGAACAAGCAAUCAUAGUUCUCAGAUGCUAUUGGAAAGAAUAAAGAAUGGGGGCAUCGAAUUAAAACGUCUACUUCCUCCUAGAAUGAGUGACCGUGUUCUUGGAGAAGUUAUGAGUGGCUACUUACGAACGGUUCGCGCUGCUGGUGUGCAGCAUACAUUGGUCAUGAUUGUCUCUGCAUUGUGGUGCUAUUCAACCACUACCCCUCACCUUCAUAUCGCAUUAGGUCACGAAGCGGACUCGAUGAGUGCGUGCGAUCUGCAAGGUACUGAAGGCGAAUCCCUUACUAUUACUGGACCAAGGGAGGCGCGAAUGCUGUAUCGACAAGCCACAAAUUACCAACGGCAGAAAAUUCGUUUGCAGUCGUGCAAGGGUAUCUCAGCACAGGACAACUCCCAGGGUCUUAUCGUCUUUGCAAAUAUGCAUCUCCCUCACACUCCCGGGUUGCUUGAUAACCCCCUGCCUCAUUUCUGGCUGUGCCACUUGCAGUAUAUGAUCGAGAAUCCGCUGAUUCACGCCGUUCUGCUCCUGUCAUUGUCGAUUAUGUCACCAGAUAUCCUUGAAUCCCCUGAAAUGAAGCCGACUCGAAAUGUGUCCUCGGGAGGUAUCGAGCAGGGCUUCAGCGACGCCCCAGCCGUUAUUGCGAUGCUAGAUUCCGCCGGGAGUCUGCAGGAAGUAAUUCAGCCCGGCACACCAGACACCUGCGGUUAUUGGCCUGCUCGCCAAAACUGUGGUGGCACCCAAGGCUUUGGCAGGGUUGGUGGCAUAUAUUGUAGGAGCUACAGCAGAUGGGACAUCUUGGUUGAUGUCCAAUUUUGUAUGUUGAAUAAAGGAUUUGUGGGUGGUGACGGUAUUUGGAGGGCUUGGAGAAGGACGUUGUUGAUGGACAUAGUUGAUGGAUGCUUUUGGUGGGUGUUUUUGGCGGUUGAUGUUGGGUACGAAUUUUCAAAAGUCAGGAUGGGUGCAGAGGGAAUUGGAAAUUAUAUGGAUGGCACAAAUUCCAUAUUUCCCUUAUUACAAGAGCACAGGCCCCAAUAUUAA